UUAAAAUGAAGAGGACACAGAACAGCAACAGCAGCAAACGCGAAUUAAAGUUGUCAAAUCUCCACAUUUCCAAAAUCUGAUGACAUCUUCAUCCAGAUGGCAACAUUCAACGGAGAAGGCAUAAACCACCUGUUAGUAGAAGUGAGUCCUGACAUCCACAUCUGUGGCUUCUGCAAACAACAGUACAACAACGUCGAACUGUUUUUUGCUCACAAGCAAAACUGCUGCCAGAUCCCCUCCACUCAUAUAUCAGUCCGAAAUGCUGGAGCCAGUGAGUCGCUUCAGACAUGUGUAUCGAAAGUCAAGAAGACCCUCACCAAAGCCCAGAAAACCCCCUCCAAAAAGCUGAAACCGGCACUCACUCAAAAACGACACAUAUGCACAUUCUCAGGUUGCACAUUCAAGACUCAGUAUGGCCAGAAAGACAUGGAGAGGCAUAUUUUAACACAUACUGGUGAGAGGCCUUUCGAGUGUGAACUCUGUCAUAAACGCUUCAGCCGUCGCGAUAAGCUGAAUCUCCAUAGCCGUUUGCACACAGGAGAGAAACCGCACAAGUGUAAGUACUGUACAUAUGCGGCGGCCGACAGCAGUAGCCUGAAGAAGCAUCUCCGCAUCCACUAUGAUGAGAGACCCUUUAAGUGUCAGAUUUGCCCCUAUGCCAGCCGUAACUCCAGCCAGCUGACCGUUCACCUCAGAUCUCACACAGGUGACGCCCCGUUCCAGUGCAACCAGUGUGACGCCAAAUUCAAGAUCAACUCCGACCUGAAACGCCACAGUCGGGUUCACUCCGGCGAGAAGCCUUACAAAUGUGACCUCUGCGAUUAUCGCUGCGCCAUGAAGGCCAAUUUAAAAUCGCACGUGCAUCUGAAGCACAGUGCCUCGGACUCCUUCCACUGCUCCAAGUGUGAUUUCCAGUGCUCCACCAAAGCCGCCCUGCGACACCAUUCGCGUCAGCACCAACCAGCCCAGCCUUUGCAAUGCAGCGAGUGCAGUUACUCCUGCUCCAGCAAGGGGGCGCUCAAGAUCCAUGAGCGUGUGCACUCCGAUGAGCGACCGUUUAAAUGCGACCACUGUUCGUUUGCUAGUAAGCAGCGCAGCAAUUUGCUAAUCCACACUAGGAAGUGUCACGCGGAUAAACCAGACAGGCUGAGUAAAUCCGGAAGGAUUAGCGGGAAUGGAGAAGAUCCGACGAAACCGAUUAGUUCACGUUACAGAGCGAAACUAGAGGCCACACGAGCAUAUCGUUGUGAUUUAUGUGAGGCUUCAUUCGUCAGGGAAGAUUCUCUUCGCAGCCACAAGAGGCAGCAUAACAAUAUCACGCAACAACAAAGUCAUAAUCAGACCAAACAACUUGUACAGACCACAGGGGAACCUUCAAUUGCAACCGAAUCACCUUCAACCUACAACACGACGCAUCUUAAAAUCAUAGUGGCGCCCUCUUUAGGAUCGGAGGCUAGUUUUGUUCAGACUUCAAAGCCUGGAGCCGUUCUGCUUGGUCCGGAUGAUAACGAUGUGCUUUUGAACCCUGUUUUACAACACGUUAGCAUGCUAGCCCCAGAAGAUGCCCUCGAGCACCAGACAGUUUUACUUGCUCAAAUCGGCCCCAGUGAAACCGUCUCUCAGAACAGUUCUCAAAACUUCAUCGCAUCCUGUUCGGCGUCUGCUUCUGACGCCACGCACACCUUCAUAACAUCCUGUUCUGACCUUGAAAGCCUCCAUAAGCUCAUCCAGGAGGGUGGGACUGAGGUUACGGUCGUAACGGAAGCAAAUCCUAUGAUCGCCUCCACUAAGGAAUCUUUGAACAUUGACGGGUCUUCGUCUCAGGACAUCUCCAGGCACGCUGGGGAUAUUUUGCCUGAUGAUAGUUUAGAUAUCGGUCCACCAGGAACAAUUCUCGUUCAGAGUCUUCCUCUGUCGAUUUCAACACAACAUCAGCAGGACGAUAAGUUUCAUCUAUCGCCGCACCAUUUAUUUUCAGACUCCAACACAGUGGACAUCAGUGACUCGUAGUUAGCAAAUUUCUCUUAGAAAAUCUGUGUUUGAAUAUGGUUCAUUUCAUGUUUCUUUAUUCAGGACAUGCGUUGCUUUGUUGGAAUCACUGUGCUGUUGGUGUUCAGACAGAAAUUACAACACAAUCAUUAAUUUAAUUCACAUUACAAGGAACAAGGAACGUGAUUUAUAGUUUAAUUGUUGGUGUGCCUCCAAGAACAGGGUUGGGAAACACUUCCAACCCUGUUCUUGGAGGCACACCAACAGUACAUAUUUUGUAUGUCUCCCUCAUCCGACCCAUCGAUUUCAGAUUUUGGAGUCUCUUCUAAUGAUGUGAUGAGCUGAUUCAGGUGUGUUUGAUUAGGAAAAGUUGUAGAAUGUUGGUGUGCCUCCAGGAACAGAGUUGGGAAACACUGGUUUAAUUGACCCAAAAUUUAAAAAACAAAACAAAAUGGUUUCCCAAAAAUUACAAUUCUGUCAUCAUUUACUUCACCUUUCACUUGUUCAAAAUCUAUUUAAGAGUCUUUCCUCUGUUGAACACAAAAGAGGAUAGUUUGAAAAAUUCUUGUAGAUGACACUCAUUGACUACCAUAGUAUUUUUUCUUACUAUGGAAGUCUGUGAGUGCCAGAAACCAGCAUUAUUAACAAUAGCUUCUUUUAUGUGUUCAACAUUAAGGAUUAGAACCACAUAAGGGGGAAUAAAUGAUGAGGUUAUUUUCAUUUUCGGGUGCACUACCCCUUUAGUUUACCAAUGACUUUUUUCAGAUUUGCAGAUUUCAACUGUGAUCUUUGGUAAUACAUCAAAUGCAAUUCGACUACUACUUGCAGUUUGAGAGUCUAAAAACGUAAGCAGGCAAAACCCUUGACUCAUGAUGAUACAUUUAGGUCUUAUGAAACGCAACGGUUUGUCUGAGCAUUUAAUUCAACAUUAUUACCUUUAAUCUCUGCCUCACACAUCACCUUUAAUCUACAGCCAUGUGCAUUCAGUCGAGUGAUGACGUGUGUUUAUAUACACAAAAUCACAUGUGAGCUGAAUUUAAUAAAGUUAUAAAUAAUGUUUAAUGUGUGUUAAUUUCACCUCAUAAGAUCUCAAUGUAUAGUCAGGAGCCAUGGGAAUUUAUUUUAUUUUGCCUUUGUUUUUUUGAAAGUGCUGUUAACUUGCAUUAUAUAAAUCAAGCUAUAUAAUUUUAGCUGAAAAUCUUCUUGUAUGUUUUACUGAAGAGCAAAAAGUCACUUUCAACUUGGACAAUGCAAAAAAAAAUGCUUUUACUACUUAGAGUUUUCUCUUGUUUCUAUUCCAAAUAUCAAAAGAAGUCUUUUUCAUUUUCUAGACAAGGAAAGAAAAUUUGUUUCAUUAAAAAUAAGUGAGUCUUUCCUUAAAAGAAGCUUAAUAAUUUAAUCUUAAUUUAAACCAAAAACAAGAUUACUUUGCUUGUUUGUUUUAAGAAGAAACCCAAUUGAUUUUUACUAAUCAUUUCUGAACACAAUUUUGGACAAAAACAAGAAAGCAUUUUUUUUGGUGGAUGACCUGCAAAUAAACUAACAUGUUUAAAUAUUUGGGUGAACUAUCCAUUUAAUUGUCAAGUUUAAUAGUUUAAACCACUGCCAUUUUGGUUUUAUCAUGAUCACUGGUGUCAGAAAACAGAGCAAAUCAUAAUCUUAGAAGGACCAUAAACAUUGGAUCAGGGAGUCAUAGUUUCAUCAUCAAGCUAUGCAUCAAAUGUGGGUGAAUUAUGCUUCUGCUGUGAAAUAAACAUCCUCCUUUUUAAGUUA